AACAUGGCGGAGGCUGAGCAGCAAUCAGGCUCCUCCCCUGAAGAUGAUAGGCCCCCUGUCCCUGUCAAUCUCAACUUUGUGGUGCCAAAAAAGGAGAUCAGCAUGGUGCCUGAUAUGGGCAAAUGGAAGCGGUCUCAGGCGUAUGCGGACUACAUGGGUUUCGUUCUCACUCUGAAUGAAGGUGUGAAGGGAAAGAAACUCACCUGUGACUUCAAAGUGUCAGAGACAGUGGAGAAGCUGCUGGCCCUGCUGGCGACAUUAGAUCGCUGGAUUGAUGAGACUCCGCCGGUCGACCAGCCGUCUCGUUUUGGUAAUAAAGCCUACCGCACCUGGUACGCCAAACUGGAACAGGACGCUGAGACCCUUGUGUAUGCUGUGUUGCCAUCGGAGUGCAAGGCUGCAGCUGCAGAGAUUGCAGUUUACCUUAAAGAGAGUGUCGGCAACUCCACACGGAUUGACUACGGAACUGGUCAUGAGGCAGCUUUUGCGGCGUUUCUGUGCUGUCUGUGUAAGGUUGGAGCACUCCGUGUGGACGACCAGUUGGCCAUCAUUUUUAAGGUCUUUGACAGGUAUCUGAGAGUGAUGCGGAAACUGCAGAAAACCUACAGGAUGGAGCCAGCAGGCAGCCAGGGCGUGUGGGGUUUGGAUGAUUUCCAGUUCCUGCCCUUCAUAUGGGGAAGUUCCCAGCUCAUAGAUCACCCGACACUGGAACCACGACACUUUGUGGAAGAGAAGGUUGUGAACGAGCACCAUCAGGACUACAUGUUUCUGGAGUGUAUCAAGUUUAUCAAUGAGAUGAAGACGGGUCCGUUCGCUGAGCAUUCCAAUCAGCUGUGGAAUAUUAGUGCCGUGCCGACAUGGUCCAAAGUCAACCAGGGCCUCAUACGCAUGUACAAGGCUGAGUGCCUGGAGAAGUUUCCCGUCAUUCAGCACUUUAAGUUCGGUAGCCUGCUCUCCAUUCAACCUGUGAAGUCUUGAGGAGACGCGGCAGGGGGAGACCGAGAGCGGCUCCUCACCCCCCAAACCCCGGUGACCCCCCCCCACCCCCCGGCACACCAACAUUAGUGCAUGUGUCUCUGAUAGAAGGUCCCAAUCAUCGUCUCCUGACUGCAAAGCAAACGUUACCACUGCUCCUCUCUGUCACUUCAUUUGUCUCCUGAAACUCUGUUCUCUUUCUCUGGGUUUGUGUCUUUGUUUUACCCUGCAGUUGGAAUAUGUAUCGUGUGGACGCAUUUGUGGAGCCUUUGAAAGCUGCAGGUUUGACAGUAACCCACAGUACAAUAAGAUGUUUGCUUGUAGCGAGUGUGACUAUUUAUUCUCUUAAAAUGCAGAUGUGCCACAGUCAGCAGUUACGUCUCUGUCUUUCACUGUUUUUCUGCAUAAGACAGAUGGAGGCCCCACCAUUUUUAGUUUCACAUCAGACGCUUCACACGGGCAGACGCAUUAGUAGUUAUUGAGUGUGCUAACCUUUUAUAGAUGGAGAUUUUGUGUCUGUGUGUGUGUGUGAGAGAGAGAGAGUGAGUGACUGAAGCUCUAGUUUAGGUGAACUAUUGUUCAACAUCUGUUUGAGGUCUCCUGUAGCUUUGGGUUUUACCGUAUGUUUUGUUUUGUCUUUGUGACGCCAUCAAGAUUUUGUCAAUUAUUUUUCAUCUUGAUUACUCUACUGUUUUUCUUUUUGUGAGGUGAAAUCAGAAUACUGAACACGAAGAGAGAGAGGUGUAGGGAAAAUAAGAGGAAUUAAUCAAGGCACUGUUGCUAACUGCAUGUAGCAACUGGAGCUCAGCCGUUUUCCCUUU